GCUGUGGCUGGGAGAAGGAGCUCCAGCGAGGGAGAGUUCGCGGCGGCGGGUGGCGGCGGCGACCCGGGCCUGGACCAGCCCCGGCGCGGAGGCGUCCCGGGGUCCGUGGGGAGCGGCGGCGGGCGGCAGCGGGCCGGGCCGCGCGGGGCGCGAUGCUGAACAUGUGGAAAGUGCGGGAGCUGGUGGACAAAGCCACCAAUGUGGUUAUGAAUUAUUCAGAGAUUGAGUCUAAAGUUCGAGAAGCAACGAAUGAUGAUCCUUGGGGACCUUCUGGGCAGCUCAUGGGAGAGAUUGCCAAGGCUACCUUUAUGUACGAACAGUUCCCGGAACUUAUGAACAUGCUUUGGUCCCGAAUGCUAAAAGACAACAAAAAGAAUUGGAGAAGAGUUUAUAAGUCGUUGCUGCUCCUAGCUUACCUCAUAAGAAAUGGAUCGGAGCGAGUUGUUACAAGCGCCAGAGAACACAUUUAUGAUUUGCGAUCCCUGGAAAAUUACCACUUUGUAGAUGAGCAUGGCAAGGAUCAAGGUAUAAACAUUCGACAGAAAGUAAAGGAACUGGUUGAAUUCGCGCAGGAUGAUGACAGGCUUCGAGAAGAGCGAAAGAAAGCAAAGAAGAACAAAGACAAGUAUGUUGGGGUCUCCUCUGACAGCGUUGGCGGAUUCAGAUACAAUGAAAGAUACGAUCCUGAACCCAAGUCCAAAUGGGAUGAAGAGUGGGAUAAAAACAAGAGCGCUUUUCCGUUCAGUGAUAAGUUAGGUGAGCUGAGCGAUAAGAUCGGAAGCACAAUCGACGACACCAUCAGCAAGUUUCGGAGGAAAGACCGGGAGGACUCUCCAGAACGCUGCAGCGACAGCGAUGAAGAAAAGAAAGCAAGAAGAGGCAGAUCCCCCAAAGGUGAAUUCAAAGACGAAGAGGAAACGGUGACAACGAAGCACAUCCAUAUCACACAGGCCACGGAGACCACCACAACCCGGCACAAGCGCACAGCAAACCCUUCCAAAACCAUUGAUCUCGGAGCAGCAGCACAUUACACAGGGGACAAAGCCAGCCCGGAUCAGAACGCUUCAACCCACACGCCUCAGUCUUCAGUGAAGCCGUCAGUGCCGAGUAGCAAGUCAUCAGGGGACCUCGUGGACCUGUUUGAUGGAAACAGCCAGUCAGCAGGAGGAUCAACUGAUUUAUUCGGGGGAUUUGCUGACUUUGGCUCAGCUGCUGCAUCAGGCAAUUUCCCUUCCCAAGCAACAAGUGGGAAUGGAGACUUUGGUGACUGGAGUGCCUUCAACCAAGCCCCAUCAGGCCCUGUUGCUUCUGGCAGUGAGCUGUUUGGCAGUGCCCCACAGCCUGCGGUAGAACUCAUCAGUGGCUCACAGCCAGCUCUAGGCCCCCCUCCUGCUGCCUCAAAUUCUUCAGACUUGUUUGAUCUUAUGGGCUCAUCCCAGGCAACCAUGACGUCUUCCCAGAGUAUGAAUUUCUCUCUGAUGAGCACUAACACUGUGGGGCUUGGUUUGCCCAUGUCAAGAUCACAGCCUCUGCAGAACGUUAGUGCAGUGCUGCAGAAGCCUAACCCUCUCUAUAAUCAGAAUGCAGAUAUGGUCCAGAAGUCGGCCAGCAAAACCCUGCCCUCUACUUGGUCUGACCCCAGUGUCAACAUCAGCCUAGACAACUUACUACCUGGUAUGCAGCCUUCCAAGCCCCAGCAGCCAUCACUUAAUACAAUGAUUCAACAACAGAAUAUGCAACAGCCCCUGAAUAUGAUGACUCAAAGCUUUGGAGCAGUGAACCUCAGUUCUCCAUCAAACAUGCUUCCUGUCCGGCCACAAACUAACCCUCUGAUGGGGGGACCCAUGCCGAUGAACAUGCCCAGUGUGAUGACAGGCACCAUGGGAAUGGCCCCUAUGGCAAACACCCCAGUGAUGAGCCAGAGCAUGGUGGGCAUGAACGUGAACAUGGGGAUGUCAGCCACAGGGAUGGGCUUGACGGGCACAAUGGGAAUGGGUAUGCCCAACAUGGCCAUGCCUUCUGGAACUGUGCAACCCAAGCAAGAUGCCUUUGCAAACUUUGCCAACUUUAGCAAAUAAAAGAUUAUAAAGCAGCAA